AUGACGGCACACCCCGAACGCUUCGGCCGCACCAACAGCAGGGAGGGCGGCCUUACUCUGCCACCAUCUUCAUCAUCAUCCACUUCAUCUGCGCAAGCACCACCGGUGGCGUCAUCAACGCAGACGGCGUCAGCAGCCGAGCUCGCGCGCUUGCAGCGCCCGCGGCGCAAGCGGAGCCUCAGCGCAACCUCGAUGCCGCGCGGAGGCGGACGCGGCAGCGGCGGAUCGGCGGCGUCUUCGUUCUCGCGUCUGUUCGAGAACCUGGCGGGCUCGGGCAGCGGGCGACCGCGGACCGGCAGCGGCAACGAGCCGCGCUCGGCCUCGUCGGCGGCUGGUCCGCCACCGAUCGUCAGCAGUGCUCUGGUCAAGCUGCAAAAGGCGUAUCUGGAGAAAUACACGAAACUGUUGUGUCUUGAGAUCGGCGAGGAGUUGCGAGGCGUGGAAGAAAAGCUCACGAAGUGGUCCAAGGCAAGGCUGGAGAAGGAGGGUCAGACCAUCUUCAAUCUCUGCGCCCGUCCGGUGGGCCACCUCUUCCGCGAGGAGAUCCUCCAGUUCGCACCCGCUGGGUCCGAUUUUAUGCCCUACCACCGCUUCGCGCACGGUGACAUGGUACUCAUGACGCGGACGGAUCCGCUGAGCGAGAAGCCGAUGGAGGGCGUGGUGCUGGACAAGAGCAAAUCGCGGCUGCAGGUGGUCGUCAAGGACUACCCGCCCAACGUGUCUGAAGGCACCUGGCGCCUGGACAAGGGCGCCAACAGGGUGUCGCACGACCGCAUGAUUGACGCGCUGAACAAGUUCACCAGCAAUCGCAAUAUUGAACUGCCCGAUACCGUGAAACCCAUCCCCGGCGGCACAGUGCUGCGGGACCUGAUUGUGGGAAACGUCAAGGACCCCAAGGCGUGGGCUGCCCAGCCUCCGCCCAAGGAAUUGGCGGAUCGGUACGCGCGCAAGAAUUUCCCCAAGAAUUUUGAUGCCUGGAAGCUCAACGAGAGCCAGCGGAAGGUGAUCACCACCAUCCUCACUCGCAAGCUCACCCUCGUCCAAGGCCCUCCCGGCACCGGCAAAACGACGCUGGCUAUUCACUUGAUGAAGCUGCUCGUCCACCUGUGCCGCGGACAUGCGCCCAUUCUGUGUACGGCCGACACCAACGUCGCCGUUGACAACUUGCUCGAGGGCCUGGCCGACUCGGGCGUGCGCGCGGUGCGCGUGGGUCGGCCGGUCAAGAUCCGGGAGGAACUGCGCGACCUGUCGCUCGAGGCGCUCAUGCAAGAGCAUGCCGCCAACAAUAAGCUCGACGCCCUGCGCCAGGAGCUCGCCGGUCUGUCCCACGGCAAGACCCCCGAGGAACGGGCGGCGGCAAAGCGUGAGGGUGUGACGCUGCACCAGAACAUCCGACGACUCGAAGACUAUAUUCACAACGACGUGCUCGGCAAGGCCGAUGUGAUCUGUGCCACGUGCAUCGGGGCUGGUCACGACCUCCUCGCUUCACGUGCCUUCCCUAUCGUCAUUCUUGAUGAAUCGACGCAAGCCACCGAACCGGCCUCGCUGUGUGCGCUGGUGCACAACUCGCAGCACGUCGUGCUUUUGGGCGACCACUACCAGCUCCCGCCCACAGUCACUUCGCCCGAAGCGCAGCAGGGCGGUCUGUCGGAGAGCUUGUUUGCGCGUAUGAUCGCGAUGGGUAUCGAGCCCUACAUGCUGGAGAUCCAAUACCGGAUGCAUCCCAUCAUCUCCGAGUUCCCAAGCGUCCACUUCUACGGCGGCAAGAUCAAGGACGGCAUCGUAGCCGCCCAGCGCCCGUCGCCCACCGGCAUCGCGUGGCCCAGCGAAGGCAACCCCAUCGCCUUCGUCAAUGUCGACGGCUACGAGAAACAAAGUACGGACGGCUAUUCGUGGUUCAACUCGGCAGAGGGCGAGGCCGUGUUCCAGCUGGUGUCGGCGUUCGACCAGCGGUCGGACGUCGGCGACGUGAAGGACAUCGGAGUCAUCACGCCCUACAACGGCCAAGUCAAGCACCUCGCCGACCUCUUCUCCAGGCGCGGUGGGAUGAACAAAAAUGAAAAGUGGCACAAGCUCAACAUCAACUCGGUGGACGGCUACCAGGGCCGUGAGAAGGAGGUCAUCAUCUUCACCGCCGUGCGCAGCAACUCCCGCGGCGACGUCGGCUUCCUGCGCGACUGGCGCCGGCUUAAUGUGGCGCUAACGCGGGCCAGGCGCGGGCUGCUCGUCGUGGGCAACCGACGUACGCUGCAGUCCGACGAGCACUGGGGCAAGUGGCUCAGAUGGAUCGACACCCACCGGCUCGGCACCAACCUGCAGGCCAUCCUGGGCCGCGGCCACCACCCGCCCGCCCCGGCCGGCGGCCGCUCCGGCUCUGGCGAUGCCACGCCAUCACAUGUCAGCACCGAGGCCGAGGCCGAGGUCGGUGGUGAUGGUGACGAUGGCGGCGCCGUCGAACGGCGGAAGCGCGAGCGCGAGGCGAGCGGCGGCGCGGCGGCGGAGGAGCGGCGCGAGAGGGAGCGAUCGGAGCGCGAGCGCGAGGAGGAGCGAUACCAACAGGAGGAGAAGGAGCGAAAGCGAGAGAAGAAAAGAGAGAAGAAGGAGAAGAAAGAGAAGAAAGAGCGAAAGCGACGUGAGAAGGCCGAGGCCAAGGCUCGGGAGAAGGCGCGGAUCGAAGCCGAGGCGGCCGCGAAAGCGAAGGCGGAAGAAGAAAGAAGCGAAGAGAAAGAGGAGGAAGAACACGAAGCCGAACCGGUGGUGAUCCACAUUGACGACCACGACGAAUCGGUGGAUGGGGCGAUGUCGAUCGACCGGGCCGACGAAGAGGUGUUGAGAUCCGAACUCGAGGUGCCGCACGUGGCAAAGAGCGAAGAGGAAGAAGAAGAGAAGGGGGAGGAAGAAGAAAUGAAGGAGAACGAAGACGAGGAAAAGAGAGAAGAAGAAGAGAACGAAGAAGAGAAGGAGGCGGAGACGUCGGUGAGUAUGGACGUCGAAGAGCCACCAGAAGAGAAGAAGAAGUCAGAAGCGGAGGAAGAGGAAGAAGAAGUGGAAGUUAGGGAGAGGGCGAGGGCGUGGGAGGCGGUGGAGUCGAGCGUGGCAGAGGAGCGCACGCCGGCGGCGGCCACCAGAAAGCGGAAGCGCGGGUGGCGAAGCGAAGGAGAGAGCGAAAACGAAAGUAAGAGCGAAAGCGAAAACGAAGCGAGGAGGGAGGGGGCGGAGGAGGAGGGCGAGGCGGUGGACCGCGACUUCGAGGAGGACCGGGACGCGCGGCUGCUGCGGCUCAAGCGCGCCCGGUGGCAGCAACAGCAGGCCGAGAAGCGCGAGCGACAGCGGGCCAUGGAGCUCGCGCAGCAGCGAGAAGAGGAAGAAGCGGAGGCGGAAAAGAUGAAAAAGAGCGAAGACGAAGAGCGAAAGCGACAAGUGGUCGCCGUCGUGGUGCUGUCCGACAGCGAAGGCGAAAGAGAAAAAGACGAAGAAGAAGAAGAAAAGAAUGAAGAGAAGGGGAGAGAAGAAGUGGAAGAAAAGAAUGAAGAAGAGGAAGAAGUGGAAAAGAAUGAAGAAGAAGAAGCGAAGGAGGAAGAAGAAAUGAAGGCGACGGAAGACAGCCUAAAGGCAGAGGAGAAAGAAGGCGAAGAAGGCGAAGAAGAAGGCGAAGGCGAUGAGUGGCGCGUGGUGAGGCGAGGAGGCGACGACUCAUUCCUUCUCGACAACGACGAUGGCGACGAGAGCCGACAAGCGAACGACCGCGAAGAGGAACAACGCGACGACGCAACGUUGGAGGUGCCGCAGGCAGCCGAAGAGCCAGAAGAGGUGAGCAUCGCCGACAUCAAGCGGGACGAAGGCGAAGAGGAAAAGGAAGAGAACGAAGAGGAGGAGAAGGAAGAGGAGCCCACGAAGAAGCGUCCGCUGUUGGACGUCUCGCUGGACAUCACCCAACACGAGCCACACGACGGCGACGACGAUGACAGUAUGGAGGAGGAAGAGGAGGCGGAGGCGGUAGGCGAAGGGCGGCGGAGACCAGAGCGGAAGGUGCGAAGGAUCAUGGCGAGCGACGAUGAUGAAGAAGAGGAUGGCGACGGCGACGGCGACGGCGACGGCGAAGGCGAGAACAAGAACGAAGUGGGCCGCAUCGAGGUGGAGAACAAGCUCGACGAUGAAGAAGGAGACGAAGACAAAGAGGAGGAGGAGGAAGCAGGCGACGGUGAAGCGCCGGUUCCUGUCAAGGAAGAACGCAACAGCAGUGACGACGACGAGCAAGGCGGCGACGAUGCGGGCGAGCAGGCGCCCAUCGAGCAAGAGGAAGACCAGGACGACGAAGCGAAGGAGGAGAUGGAGCAGGAGCCGGAGGUGAAGGCGGAGGAGGAGGAGGAGGGCAACGGGGAGACGGGACCGCUGGUGCUGUUGAGCGUCGUAGACGGCCUACCGCUCCCGGACCGGGUCUCGAACCCGUCGUCGCCGCGCCCGCCCGCGACCGCCGAACCACUCCACGACGAAAACGAAGACGACGGAGAAAGCGAACACGAAGCAAAGAACGAAGAAAAAGAGAGAAGCGAUGAAGGAGAAGAAGGAGAAGAAGGCGAGCAGGUGGGGGAAGAGAAGAAGGGCGACGCAAUGGAGGUGGAAGAGGAGGUGUCGAUGGUCGACGACCGGGCUACGGACCUCACGAACCGAGAGGCGGAAGACGAGGGCGAAGAGCGAUCGUCGCCGGUGUUGGAAGGCGACGGCGAGGCCUUGAGCCACGGCGGGCUCGUGCGGCACCGGGUGUCAGGUGCGACGGAAACGGAGGAUUCGGUGUUUGACGCCGAAGUGGACGAGAUCAGCGGCGGCCAGAAGCGGUUCAUCUUCUGA